AUGGGUGGGCUCUUUCUCCUCUUCACUUUUGCAACCACAAACCUCACUUCUGGAUGCUUCGAACACGAGAGGGCAGCUCUUCUUCGAUUCAAACACAACCUGUCGGACCCUUCUGGUCGACUAUCAUCUUGGAAUGGAAACAACUGUUGCAACUGGCAAGGCGUUGACUGCAAUAAUGCAACAGGAUAUGUUACAAGGCUUGACCUCGGAACCGAUUCUUCUGAUGAGAACCCCAUUCCUGAGUUCAUCGGAUCGCUGACAAAACUCAGGUAUCUGAAUCUUUCUUCCAUGGGCUUUUCUGGCAUCGUUCCUCACUCUAUUGGAAAUCUAUCGAAUUUGCGGGUACUUGAUCUGAGUAAUAUGGAACUAGUUGUUGAUGAAUUCUCAUGGUUCUCGAGUCUUUUAUCACUCAAAUCUCUUGAUCUGAGUGGGGCUGAGCGUUGUUAA